CGUCUCCUUCAUAGUCGGCUCGCAGGCAGACAGCGGAUUUCCAACCGAGCUGGCCGGUGUCCUCGCCCUACUGGAGACAACAGGGACCUUGCAAUGAUCUCGCUGAACUUAAACUUCAACAUUUUGACAAGGGACCUGUCGCAUUAUUUGGAAAAUCAAGUGAAAGUUGGGCUGUUCGGUUCGGGAGUGGGGCUGUCUCUCGUACUGGGGUUUAGCGCAGCUUACACCUGCUACUAUUGGAUCUCUGUCGCCAAGAAACCUCAACUUGUGUCUGGAGGUAAGAAGUUCUACCACUUUCUAAAGGAGCAAUGUCCAGUAGUGUCAGAGACCUACUACCCCACCUUCUGGUGCUGGGAGAGUCGCAUCCAGACCCUGCUGAGACCCUUUGUUACUGCCAAACCUGGAGUCGUUUAUAGAAAUGAGCUUAUUAAGGCAGCAGAUGGAGGACAGAUAUCUGUGGAUUGGUUUGACAAUGAUGACAGCCUUGCUUAUCCCGACCCCGCCACCAGGCCCACUGUCCUCCUCCUCCCCGGUCUGACCGGCACCAGCCGAGAGUCCUACAUCCUGCACAUGGUCCAGCAGAGCCGGGAUCUGGGCUAUAGAUGUGUGGUAUUCAACAACAGAGGGGUUUCCGGUGAAACAUUGCUGACCCCGAGGACUUACUGCGCAGCCAACACAGAAGAUCUGGAGACUGUUAUUGAGCACAUCCAGAAAACCCAUGGAGCCGCUCCAGUCAUGGCUGCUGGCGUAUCCAUGGGAGGGAUGAUGCUGGCCAACUACUUGGGCCGCAAGGGCCGGGAAACCUGUCUAAAAGGGGUUAUAGUCUUCUCAGCAGGCUGGGAUGUCUUUGAGUGCUCYGCAUCGCUGGAAAAACCCCUGGACCGUUUCCUUUUCAACUCCUACCUCACCAGCUGCCUACAAGCCUCUGUGCACAGACACAGGCCGGUGCUCGAACAGUGUUAUGACAUUGAUCAUGUCAUGAAGGCUAAAACCAUCCGAGAGUUUGAUGAAAGGUUCACGUCCAUAAUGUUCGGUUAUCCCACUAAUGAUGACUACUACAGGGACGCCAGUCCUGUCCACAAGCUGAAGUCUGUGCAAGUGCCAAUGCUGUGUCUGAAYGCUGCUGAUGAUGUCUUUUCUCCUUCUCACGCCAUUCCUGUAGAAGCAGUGAAGCAGAAUCCUCACCUGGCCUUGCUGAUUACGUGUCACGGUGGUCACAUUGGUUUCCUGGAGGGCCUGUGGCCACGACAGAGCACUUACAUGGACCGCGUCUUCAAGCAGUACGCGAAGGCGGUCAUCGAACAAGGCGGUGGACUCAACGACCUCUCUUGAUAUAAGAACUUCACRAAGUGAUCCUUUUAUUAUUCCUUUAUUUACUUCCCCUUUCUCUCCCUUUUCUUUCAUCUUUGUCAUCCAUCUUCCUGAACACCAUUCUGUCCACAGUUUCUUUUCAUCUCUACUUCCAUCUGUUUUCUCCUCCCUUCCUACCAUUGUCCUUUCCUUUAAUUAAUUUCAUAACUCCURACUUCCAUUCUUUUGUUUCUGUUUCUCAGUACCAAAUCUCAUUCACCAGCUUUUCUUCCUUGAAGUGACUUUUUUUUUUUUAUCUUUGCCUUGCAUACAUCUGUCCGGCUGCACCAUCUGCCACUUGCAAAAAAAAAAAAAAGAAAAACAUUCUAAGUCAUUUAAAGGGCAUUUUACCGACAGUUGUGUUGAACAAUAAUUUAGUUAUUUGAUAUAUUUAUAAUGUCUGUAAUCAUGUUCUUAAUAAGUGUAGCUGCUCCAGUCAGUGCUGAAAAAAKGAAUCUGUACUAAAUUAUUUAGUUGCUUUAGCUAGCUAAAGAAAUCAGUGAUUGCCCCAGUGCAAUCAUUUUUUAAUCAAAACAGAAAAGUACAGUAAAUGAAAAUCUAAUCACAUUUUGUUAAUGAAAGGUCCUGUAGAUUUAGCACCUAUACAAGUAGGAUUUUAGCCCUCAGGGAGUUUGUUUUUUUGUUUUUGUUUUUUUAACCUUCCUUUGCAACAGUUCGUAUUUUCUUCACUCAUUCACACUGCUGACGUUGCGUUGAGUUUUACUUUAAGUUAUAACUCAGCGUGUGAAUUACACUCGUGUGCUUUCUUUCAGAGAGUUUAAAAGGUUGAUUCCAUUUGCUCUUUAAUACUGAAUGAAGCUAUUGUCAUGAGAUGUGUAGCUUUAUGCAGCAUAACGCCUGAGAGCAGAAAGAAACCGUAACCUGCCUAGCAGCACUUAAACACUGAAAUACAUGGUGGUGGAGGAGGAAAACUAGAUUAUCAAAAUACAGCAGAGGAAUGCUGCGUUCACACCGAACGUGAUUUCAGCUUCAAAAUCGCAUCCAACGCUUCAAGUUGGUCGCUUGUGCACUU